GGCAUUUGGUCUGUAUUGCUACUGCUGUUAAGUAACAUAGUAAACUAGAUAAAACAGUACUUGGCCAACGUGAUAAUAAGGUGUAACGCAAAAUAGUUAACGUUAAACCAAAACAUUUUUGCAUAUUACCUUUAUUAACCAAGAUACAUUUAUUCUCGUACUGUAAAGAUUAACAUGAUCAGUUGCUAUGCAAGUGACCUAAGGAUUUUCGCUCUGGCUGAGAUUUGACGACGAACGCCGGCGAGUUUCGGAUGAGAAGCCAGCGAUUUGAAUGACGUUAGUGUUAGAUGUCAUUUGGAUUACAUUGAAGAGAACUGCAAAAACGCCGAUGUUUUCCAAGAGAAGAGACGUCUUCUGGAAAGAACAUCUUGCCACAGAUCACUAUUAUGACAGCUAGCUAGCUGUGACUGGUUCAAAACAUAUUACUAUACUGCUGUUCAGGCAAAUACUGUAUCUAUGCCUGCAUUCUUUGCUUGCAAUCGUAUGACCAUUUCUCAAAUAAAUUGUUAUUCGAUUUAGUUAGCGAGUAACAUCAAGCUAACUUUAAAGCUAGUGGAGUACUGUCCCUACAAAAUGUUAUUCGCUAGCUAGCUAAACGAUAGUGUUAGCAUGGUUGUCUGUCAGGAUCAUACGAUGCGAUGGGAAACAUGGAGCUUGUCACUUCAUGUCACUCUCUGUUAGAUAGUUGAAAUGUCUGUGGGUUUUUGAAGCUUGCGAUCUAUUUAUCCAGAAUGCUUGGCAUCAUGUAGAAUGUCAAGCGAAGCAGUUUUGAGCUAACGUAGCGUGUUUGCCAGCUAAAAACCACAUCUAGCUAGCCAGGUUGAAACGCUAGCUAACUCCUCUGGUCUGGGUCAGAAAAUGACAGCUGGCGGCAGGGACUGAUAAUUGUGUACCUUGCAGUUGUUAUCCAUUCUGAAAACUGACUGCCGUGUCAGAUUGGGAGUUAGGGACUUGAUUUAAAAAUUCCACAAUCUGUUGUAAUUAGUAGUUGGAUAACGUUAAUAACAGUGAAUAAUUAUUCCAGUACCGUACAUUCGCAUCUUAAACGUGAUCAAUUGCAUCAUCACCUGGCUGUUUCUGGCCAUUAUCAAAGGUGGACUAGAAUGCAAGUGAGCGGGUCCCUGCCUUGUGUAAACUCCAUAAUCAUCCGCUACUUAGACUAGUAAUGCAACUUCUGUGUGGAUACGUGGUUGUACCAGUGUUCUGAUAUCAAGAAAGCACUCUUCACUGUGCAUCACCGAAGAAAUAAACAUUUUUGACGCCUACAUUUGGAAGUUGCUUCUGCGAUGGAGACGGUUGGAGACUUUGAGUACAGCAGAAAGGACCUGGUGGGACAUGGGGCUUUCGCUGUGGUGUUCAAAGGAAGGCACAGAAAGAAGACUGACUGGGAGGUGGCCAUCAAGAGCAUUAACAAGAAAAACCUCUCCAAGUCCCAGAUCCUGCUUGGCAAGGAAAUCAAAAUACUUAAGGAACUCCAACACGAGAACAUUGUGGCGCUUUAUGAUGUCCAGGAAACGCCCAACUCAGUGUUCCUGGUCAUGGAGUACUGCAACGGUGGUGAUCUGGCGGACUAUCUGCAAGCCAAGGGGACGCUGCGGGAAGACACUCUUCGGGUGUUCCUGCAGCAGAUCGCCGCGGCCAUGAGGAUCCUCAACAGUAAAGGCAUCAUCCACCGAGACCUCAAGCCACAGAACAUCCUGCUGUCGUACACCGGCCGGAAGAGAUCCAGCAUCAACAGUAUCCGCGUCAAAAUAGCUGACUUCGGCUUUGCACGAUACCUCCAGAGUAACAUGAUGGCCGCCACGCUGUGUGGCUCUCCCAUGUACAUGGCCCCGGAAGUGAUCAUGUCUCAGAACUAUGAUGCUAAGGCUGACCUCUGGAGCAUCGGUACGGUCAUCUACCAGUGUCUUGUAGGCAAGCCUCCUUUCCAGGCCAACAGUCCCCAAGACCUGAGGAUGUUCUAUGAAAAGAACAAGUCACUGCUGCCCAUCAUCCCGAGGGAGACGUCUCCUCCUCUUGGCGACCUGCUACUAGGCCUGCUGCAGAGGAACCAGAAAGACCGAAUGGACUUUGAUGCAUUCUUCAGCCAUCCUUUCCUAGAUCCAGCCUCUGCCAUCAAAAAAUCAUGCCCUGUUCCAGUACCCAACUGCCCCAGCGCAGUGACUGACAGCACCUGUGGCAGUUCGCCCUCUGUUCGCUACAACUCUCCUCCGUCUCUCCCAGACAUGCAGAUGUUACCUGAGGACUGUCUGUCGUCGCCACCCAUGGGCCCCCCCAACUACCUGCAACUCUCUAAGGAGUCUGGAGGCAGCACCAGCAGCAAGAACUCCUCCUGCGACACGGAUGACUUUGUGCUGGUGCCACACCUCUCCACAGAGUCCUAUGACCAGCCAAUGGGAGCAGUAGGGCGUCGGGCGUCCGGCGAGUGGGCUGGAGGGCAGCCGCAGACCACCGGUCAGACCCCCGUGGUUUCCCCCCGGGCAGAGACCACCCCCAUCCCUGUGCCCACCCAGGUGCGGAACUACCAGCGCAUCAAGCAGAACCUUUCCAGCAGCCCCACCACCACGCUGUACGGCUCUCCCAGGUCUGGUACAGUAAGGCGGUCCAACACCAGUCCCAUGGGUUUCCCUAAGGUGGGCUCUGGGUCCCCGAGUUCUGCAGACUGCAGCCCUCAGAUGACGGGCAGACGUCUCUCCAUAGGAAGCUCCCGCCCUUACUCCCCCUCACCCCUGGUGGGCACCAUCCCAGAGCAGCUGGGUCACUGUUGCUGUGGACACCCUCAGGGUCAUGAGUCCCGAAGCCGCAGCUCCUCAGGAGGUUCUCCGGUGCCGUCUUCCCAGUUACUCGGUGCUCGUCUGCAAAGUGCCCCCACCCUGACAGAGGUCUACCAGACCAGACAGAAGCUCCACAAGCAGCUGUCAGACCCUAUCCAGCCCACCACCUCCAACUACCCCCCCAGCCACUCUCCCCAGCUGGGUCGCCCGGGCAACCUGGGCACCUCACCCACUAAACACCUGGGCUCGUCCCCUCGCUCGUCCGACUGGCUCAUGAAGUCCCCCCUGCCCACAAUCAUUGGCUCCCCCACAAAGACCAUCUCGGCCCCGUUCAAGAUCCCGAAGACUCAGGCCUCGUGUAACCUGAUGGCCCUGGCCGACGGUCCCACGCCCACGAAGACCUUGGCCGACACGCGGGACCUCUGUGCCCACCACUGCACCCCGUACCCCAGCGGGCGCCAGUCCGCCCCCGAGGCCAGCAGGACCACCUUUGGCAGGUCUGUCAGUACUGGUCGGCUGUCCGAACAGCCAGUCAGGAUCACUCUGGGGGGACAGCCUUACCAGGGCAGCACGGACAGCCUGAACACAGAGCGGCCCAUGGAUACAGCCCCGGCGGGACCUUUGGGGCUGUCUCAGCCUCAGGGCGGGGCGGCGAGCCCCCGGGCCGUUCUCUUCACCGUGGGCUCACCCCCGAACAGCAGCACCCCGCCAACCUGCAGCCACCUGGGUACCCGGCCGCGGACCACUUCAGUGGGCUCCAACAGUUCGGCGGGGUCCCUGUGCUCCACCAGUGGUCGGGUGUAUGUGGGCUCGCCUCCGGGUAUGGCCAUUGGGGCGUCUCCACCGGGCAGUGCCGGGGCUGAGGCGGGCCCCAGCAGCCUGCGUUACGUCCCCUACGGAACCUCCCCCCCCAGCCUGGAUGGAUUCAUCACAUUCGAGGCCCCGGAGCUGCCUGAGGAAACGCUGAUGGAGCGGGAGCACACAGACACUCUGAUGCACCUGCGGAUGAUGCUGUCCUUCACUGACUGUGUGCUGGAGAUCGCAGCGUUGCGUGCAGGAGGGGCAGACCUGGGCCAAUCAGCUGCCUCCCUCUACCCCCCCCAAGAGAGCGUGGUGGUGGACCAGAUCAGCCAGCUUAGCAAGGAGUGGGGGCAGGUGGAGCAGCUGGUGCUGUACAUGAAGGCUGCUCAGCUGUUGGCCUCAUCCCUCCACCUUGCUAAGGCUCAGAUAAAAUCAGCCAAGCUCAACCCCUCCAGCGCUGUCAAGCAGGUGGUGAAGAGUCUGAACGAGCGCUACAAGAGCUGCAUCUCCCUGUGUCGGCGGCUCACGGACAAACUGAACCACUUCUUCUCCGACAAGCAGCGCUUCGUGGAUGAGAUCAACAGCGUGACCGCGGAGAAGCUCAUCUACAACCACGCGGUGGAGAUGGUGCAGUCCGCGGCGCUGGACGAGAUGUUCCAGCAGACGGAGGACAUUGCCUACCGCUACAACAAGGCUGCCAUGCUACUGGAAGGCCUGUCCAAGAUCCUCCAGGACCCUGCAGACAUCCAAAAUGUGGCCAAGUAUAAGGCCAGUGUGGACCGGAGAAUCUCUGCCCUCUGCUACUGCACUGUCACACUGUACGAGUAGCAGACCACACACACACACGUGCGCACACACACACACGGACGGGCAGCUGUGACCUUCCUGUCACCCAUCUCAUCCCAGAGGGACCACAUUCUACGCACUUGAGUGAGAUUCUAACAAUAGAAUCUCUGGGACAAGCAUGGAACCCAUGUUCCCUCACGUAGCAGUCCAAGCACUUUUCCGUUUUUACUCCUUUCUUGUUCGACAUCACAGCAGAUAGUGUUAACCUUCUUUGGCAUUGCAGACUGGACGCUGGAGUGUCUGAGACUAGAUGCAGACAUUCAAUACCAAAGAUGAUCCAACGUUCUUGGGUCUGAGACAAUAGUGGGGCCUGAAUAAGACCCAGGCAUCUUCUUGAACUGCCUGUCAACUGACUUAGCGCAUGGCACUCACCAUGUGAUCAAACAAACUCUGACUUAGCGCAUGGCACUCACCAUGUGAUCAAACAAACUCAACCCCGCUUUUGGUUUUCAACUUUCAGGACUUUUUAUUUUGUUACCAGAAAGAUUUCACACGAGGAUAACUUUUUUGCCGCGUUCACUUGCUGGCUGGAACUAGAAAAAUUUACUUAUUUUCGGUUGUCGUUGAAUGCUGCACGUGAUCAAUUAAAAUCAAUCAGCAAG